AUGGCCCUGAGUGUUUACUUCCCUGCGAUGCACGUGAUGGAGAGGAGCGUCUGGCCAGGCUGGCCGGUCUGGAACCCCCGCGGUGAAAGUCUCUUCCAGCAGCUGCAGCGAGACAUGAGGAGCGAGAUCGAGAGGAUGGAGAGAAUCUUCCGUGGAGUCGAUCAGCUCAGCAGCCACACGCGGGCUCCGGGCAGCCUCGGAGACGCACUGCUGCAGCAGCCGGCCGACCUGGCCGUGAAGGUGUCUGGAGACAAGCUGGUGGUGGCCGGACGGCGCGAGGUGAAGAGCGGAGAAGUCAGCAGCGGCAGCUACAGCCACAGCUGCCAGGAGUUCCACAGGGAGACGCAGCUGCCCAGGGACGUGGACCCGCAGAGCGUGAGCUGCUGCUUGACUGAAGACGGGAAGCUGAAGUUCAAGGCUCAGCGCCGCGCCCUCCCUGCAGCGGCCGAGAGGGUGGUGGUCAUUGAGCAGCCAGCGACAGCGACUCCUGGCACGGCCUCUCAGUCCACUGGCACCACUCACGCGUAG